CUCUCCUCAGCAUUAGCCCCGGGGUGUCAGGGCGGCACCGUGCGGAGUCCUCGCCUGGAGCCGGUGCAGUUAACCGCAUCCCGGAAUCCAUGGUCACUGUGACGAGGUGGAAGGGCGUGGGCGCCAAGUAGCCUCCCAGUCCCACCGCUGCGUGUCCGCGCCUGGCCGAGCCACCGCCACCAGUGAAGUUGGGGGCGGUUCCCGCUGUGCCGCCGCGGUUUCCAAGGGGUCAGAAACCGCUGUUUGUUUGGUCCGCGUAACUAGGGCGGAUCGCGCGAGCUCUGCCUGGCCCGACGGUGGCGGGCUUGACGCGUCAGCCGCAGACCCGUGCCAGGUGUAAGAGUCGCAGUCUGGGCUUGGGUAGACAGACUUGCUUUCUCUUGGAGCAUGCCGUGUUCAAACUGCACCGUGGUGCCUCUGCCUUAAGUCCUGUAAGAAGACACUGGCGCUUUUAGACCGGUGCUUAUGGUCGCCACUGUCGUUCUGACUCCAGUCCCGUGUCAUUGAGCAUAUCUAUAAAAAUGCCUUAGAAAAGAGACAUGGAGAGGUAUGUUAGACUACAGAAGAUUGGAGAAGGUUCAUUUGGAAAAGCUGUUCUUGUUAAAUCUACAGAGGAUGGCAGACAUUAUGUUAUCAAGGAAAUUAACAUCUCAAGAAUGUCCAGUAAGGAAAGGCACGAAUCAAGGAGAGAAGUUGCUGUAUUGGCAAACAUGAAGCAUCCAAACAUUGUCCAAUAUAAAGAAUCAUUUGAAGAAAAUGGCUCUCUGUACAUAGUAAUGGAUUACUGUGAAGGAGGGGAUCUGUUUAAACGAAUAAAUGCUCAGAAAGGCAGUUUGUUUCAAGAAGACCAGAUUUUGGACUGGUUUGUACAGAUAUGUUUGGCUUUGAAGCAUGUACAUGAUAGAAAAAUUCUUCACCGAGACAUAAAGUCACAGAACAUAUUUCUAACCAAAGAAGGGACAGUACAGCUUGGAGAUUUUGGAAUUGCUCGAGUUCUUAAUAGUACUGUAGAGCUGGCUCGAACUUGCAUAGGGACUCCAUACUACUUGUCACCUGAAAUCUGUGAAAACAAGCCUUAUAACAAUAAAAGUGACAUUUGGGCUUUGGGCUGUGUCCUCUAUGAGUUGUGUACACUUAAACAUGCAUUUGAAGCUGGAAACAUGAAAAAUCUGGUACUGAAGAUAAUAUCUGGAUCCUUUCCUCCAGUGUCUAUGCAUUAUUCCUAUGAUCUCCGCAGUUUGCUCUCUCAGUUGUUUAAAAGGAAUCCUAGGGAUAGACCAUCAGUCAACUCCAUAUUGGAGAAAGGUUUUAUAGCUAAACGAAUCGAAAAGUUUCUCUCACCUCAGCUUAUUGCAGAAGAAUUUUCUCUAAAACCAGGUUCAAAAUUUGGACCACAGCCUAUACCAGGUAAAAGACCAGCAUCAGGGCAAUGCCCCAUUUCUUUUGUACCUGCUCAGAAAAUCACAAAGCCUGCUGCUAAAUACGGAGUGCCUUUAUCAUAUAAGAAGUAUGGAGAUAAAAAGUUAGUUGAAAAAAAAACACCCCCAAAACAUAAGAAACAGCAAAUUCCAGUGAAGAAAAUGAAUUCUGGAGAAGAAAGGAAGAAAAUGUUUGCGGAAGCAGCAAAAAAAAGAAGGUUGGAAUAUAUUGAGAAAGAAAAGAAGCAAAGGGAGCAGAUUAAUCUCAUGAAGGCAGAACAAUUGAAGAGGCAAGAGAAGCAGCAGUUGGAGAGAAUAAAUAGGGCCAGGGAACAAGGAUGGAGGAAUGUUUUAAGGGCUGGUGGAAGCGGUGAAGUAAAGGCUCCCUUUUUUGGCAGUGGAGGGCCUGUCUCUCCAUCUUGUUCCUCUCGAGGGCAGUAUGAACAUUACCAUGCCAUUUUUAAUCAAAUGCAGCAACUAAGAGCAGAAGAUAAUGAAGCAAGAUGGCAAAGAGAAAUAUAUGGUCGACGGCUUCCAGAAAGGCAAAAAGGACACCCAGCUAUAGAGAGAGCCAAGCAAGUGGAAGAAUUCCUGCAGCGUAAAAAAGAAGCUAUGCAGAAUAAAGCCCGAGCUGAAGGACAUGUGUAAACUGAGAACAGUGAAGAG